GCGCCUGACCGCGCUCCCCUCACAGUGAACGCGCAGCGGGUCGCCGCCUCAUAACUGGUUGUCAGAGUACAGACCGUACAGACAUGGCCGCUCUCAGUAAAUUACCACACAGCUGCUACGAGAUCGGGCAUACCUGGGACCCUUCGUGUGUGCAGUCUGCAUUGGAUGUAGCAAGAGGUGCUUUGGAGGUGUCCUUCAAAAUAUACGCCCCUCUUUACCUGAUAGCAGCAGUGCUAAGGAGAAGGAAGAAGGAUUACUAUUUAAAAAGGCUUCUCCCAGAGAUCCUGUGGUCUACCUCUUUCCUCUCUGCCAAUGGAGGGCUCUACAUUGUUUUCUUCUGCAUUCUCAGGAAACUGCUUGGAGGGUUCUACCCCUGGUCUGCCGGGUUUGGCUCGGCGCUGCCUGCCUCCUAUAUCGCCAUCCUCCUGGAGCGCAAGAAAAGGAGAGGGAUGCUGACAAUAUACAUGACAAAUAUUGCCACUGAGACUUUGUUCCGUAUGGCAGUGACACGAGGGAUCGUUAAACCCAUCAAGCACGGCGAGGUGCUUUUGUUCUGCAUAACGGCAUCUCUCUACACGUUCCUCUUCAGGAGGAAAGAUGGUCUCAAGGGGUUUGCCUUCUCUGCAUUAAAGUUCAUCAUCGGGAAAGAAGAGAUUCCAACUCACUCUGUAGCGUCAGAACAGAUCAGACCCCUCGAGAGGACAGCUGCUAUAGAGACUGAGCCUUCACAGGCGUCAGCAGAAAGACCCGACUCCAGCAGGAAAACUCUGCUAGCCUACACCAGGGAGCUGAUAGAAUCAAUAUGCAAAAAGGGUCCAAGACACAGAUGUUGCAAACAUUACCAAGACAACUGCAUUUCCUACUGUGUGAAAGGAUUUGUCAGGAUGUUCAGUGUUGGCUACCUGAUUCAGUGUUGUCUUAAGGUGCCUUCAGCGUUCAGACACAUGUUUACUAAACCCUCACGCCUCCCGUCACUCUUCUACAACAAGGAGAACUUCCAGCUAGGGGCCUUUCUAGGAUCCUUCGUCAGCAUCUACAAGGGAACAAGCUGCUUGCUGCGCUGGCUGCGCAACAUUGAUGAUGAACUCCAUGCACUGAUAGCUGGCUUCCUGGCUGGUACCUCGAUGUUCUUCUACAAGAGCACGUCGAUAUCCAUGUAUCUCUUCUCAAAGCUGGUGGAGACCCUUUACUUUAAGGGCAUCGAGUCCGGACGGUUCCCUUACUUUCCUCAUGCAGACACGGUCAUCUAUGCCAUCUCCACGGCAAUCUGUUUCCAAGCUGCUGUGAUGGAAGUGCAGAACCUUAGGCCUACAUACUGGAAGUUCCUGGUGCGUUUGACUAAGGGCAGAUUUGCUCUGAUGAACCGGCAUUUGCUAGAUGUGUUUGGGACUCAAGCCUCCAGGGACUUUAAAGGCUUUGUGCCCAAGCUGGACCCUCGUUUCACCACAGUGCUUCCACCAGGAGCCGACAUCCAACUGGGCUGACCUGGGAUCAGGCUGUGGGAGGGGAUGUUAGGGGUUACCUCAAUGGACAGUGUGGCUGUUAUUUCUGAGUAACUGAGAAAGGUGUUAAGGUGUUAUAACAGCUCAGGAGUUGUGAAGUCGUGUUAUUAGAUGGGGAAAUGCUUUAGAAGAUGUCGGGCCCUAGAUGUGUCCAAAGCAGGACGUCAUGAGUGUCGAGCAUGAUGCUGCACACGUUCACAGCCUGGGGUUGUGUGAAACAGGUGACUUGCAAAAUAUAUAUGAAACAUUUUUACACUUAAAAACCCUUUACACUACAAGAUACAUAUUAAAGGUCCCCUAUUAUACAGUUUUUCAUCAAUAUAUUAUAGGUCUCAGAUAUAUACAAACAUGUCUCAGAAGUGUUUGGCUCGAAAUACCAAACAGAUCAUUGUAGCAUCCCAUAAUCCCCUCUGUUUCAAAAGUGCUGAUUCUGGGUCAGUUAUGACGCGUUUCCACUGCAGCGGGUAGCUCGCUUUAAGCGUGCCGAGCCGUGCGGGGCCCGUUUUUGGUUG